AUGUCUACUUUUUUUUGGGUAUUCACAGCCCUCUACAUAUAUGCAUCAAAUGCUUAUCCGAUCAACACCAUUACUCGUUUAAAACCCACCCUGAGCCUCGGUACUCCGAUCAACACCAUUACUGGUUUAAAAACCACCCUGAGCCUCGGUACAACCCAAGCGUUAUAUGACGGUGAUACAUUAGUGUCUAAAAAUCAAAGAUUUGAAUUGGGUUUUUUCUGUCCUUCAAAUCCAUGCAAAGAUAUAAAGUUUUUGGGUGUUUGGUACAAAAAUAUAGCACCCCUCACUGUUGUUUGGGUAGCUAAUCGAAGAAGGCCGGUUCGAAGACCAUCUGUGGGCGUUCAUUUGGUGUUAAGUGAGUUUGGUGGUCUUGUAAUACAAGAUGCUAGUAGAAGAGUCAUCUGGAGGAAGGUUCCUAGAGGUUAUUCUCAUUCUAAGACUCGUAAACCGGUUAUGCAGCUUUUGGAUUCUGGAAAUCUUGUUGUUAGAGAUUGUGAUAAUUCAUCUUGUGGAGAUAGUAUCUGGGAAAGCUUUAAUCUUCCGGGCGAUACAUUGUUGCCUGGGAUGGAAGUCAGUUUGGAUUAUGGAUCUCGGGUUGGAUACCUAGCGAUCACUUCGUGGAGAAAGAAAGACGAUCCAUCUGAUGGUGAUUUCAAGUUCGGGUUUGACAAGUUGGUUCAUGCUCCCCAGUUGGUUCUCACAAAAGAAAAUGGUGUUAGACUGUCGCGAUGGGGGCCGUGGGAUGGUGAAAUGUUUAGUGGUAUGAAUUCUCUAAAGGAUAAUCCAGUUUUGUCGACCACAUUGAGGUUUGAUGAUGAUAAAGUUUCUUUCAAGUUCGCACCCUUUAACGAGUCCAUGUUAUUGAGGCUUGUCUUGAGUCCACUAGGCAGCCUUGAGUUCUUUUGGUGGAAGAGCAAGAAUGAUGGAUGGCUAACAAUUCUGACACUAAAUAAAGAUAACUGUGACCGGAUUGGAUCUUGUGGCUCUUAUGGUAUAUGUUAUAGUGAUGAUCCAAGUUGUAGAUGCCUGGAACAAGGUUUCAUGGCAAUUUCAUCAGUCGAUUGGUGUGGAUUUGAGUGCUCAAGUGGAUGCAAGCGGAAACAUGAUCUGAAUUGCUCCAAUGGAGAUGGAUUUUUGAAGUAUGAACAAAUGAAAUUGCCUGAUAAUUCAACUGUAUGGGGUGCUAUGAGCACCGAAGACUGUGAGAACAAGUGUUUAAAAGAAUGCAACUGCAUGGCAUACACUAGCUUGAACAUGUAUGGGAAUGGGAGUAUUUGUGUUGUUUGGUUUGAUGAUCUCAAUGAUUUGCGAGUGAUUCAUGGAGGUGGAAAUGAUCUUUACAUACGCAUGUCACACAUCGAGCUAGGUAUUAUUUUCUUCCAACUUAUUUAG